CCUUUCCAGCACCGCAUGGCUGCUCCCAGCUCCCUCCCCGUAUCACCUCGCCGGGCUCCCCCGUGCUGAGCGCGCCCCGUUUCCACCUGCUGGGUAGAGCGGGAAGCCCUAAUACAAACCCAAAACAGUACGCUCUGCCCUAUGGGCUGGUACAGGCCGAGCCGAGCCAGGCUGGGGGAGAACCCAGGCGCUCCCUGGGCCCGCCUCGGUGCGGGGCGGGUUCAGCACCGCGGCCAGCUCCGGGCCGGCCUCAGGACCCCGGCCCCAGGAGGCAGCCCCCGAGCGGCCGGGCAGCGGCGCCCCCCCGCGCCGAGGGUCCCCCCCGUUUCGACAGGAGGGGGGGGGGGGGUGUAUGGAGGGGAAGCCCCCGCCUAGGUCGCGCUGCGGAAUGGGAAGGGAUGGAUAUUAGGGCGGGGAAGGAUGCCGAGGGCACCGGUGGUCCCUUGGUCCCUCUCCUCUCCCCUAUCACUCCAAAGCGACCCCCACCAACGCCCCCCAACACACACACCUCCCUCAACCGCAGACAGGGAGUGCACCAGGCUGCUUCCCGCGGGCCCUGGCAGCGCCUGGGGCCGCGCUCGGGAGCCGUGCAGGGGCCGGCGGGGCGGGGAAGCAGGGGGCGGCCGGAGGUAGCGGGGACACCCCCCUCCGCUGCCGCCGCCAGCGCCCCGGGUCCCCGCUGCCCCCCUGCAGUUGCUGCGGAGGGGGGCUGAGGCGCGCCGCGGCCGUGCCGGGGUGUAGCUCGUUCCCGAUGCCGCUGUUUGUCGCCGAGUUUUGAAGAGAUUUAUUGGCUGGCUCUUGCUAAGCCACGCUUGAGUAAUCCGAGCUGCUGCGCGCCGUGGUGAAGCCCGGAGGGGGGGAACGUCACUCCCUCUGGCAGCGGAGCAACAUUAGUCUUCCAGCCCUCCAACCACCGCUACAGCGUCGGAAACUGCCGGGUCACAGCCAUUUGCUUUGGAAAAUUGGCGAUGUUUGGUGCUAGAGAUCGAUUACCCUUGUAAUCUUCCCCCCCUCCUCCUCCUGCUUACCCCACCCCUACCCGCCCAGACAAUAGCGUCCGAGGUCCUCCAGGAAAAAAAAAAUAGAAAAGAAAGCGAGGAAAGAAAGAAAGAAAAAGAAAGAAACUGGGGGAUGGAUCUGACUCCGAUAGGAAAAGCGUGUGUCUAGAAGUGGUGCUAAUGGGAAGAGAUUUCCGAGCUCCGGAGGACGAUGAUUUGUCACAAAGGGUAGCUGGCUCUGUGCUUUGGGCUGGAGCCGUGUAGGAGAUCCUUGGAGAAGUCAUUGUGCACAGAAAACCGAAGAUCUGUACAAACAUGCCUGUUCGCAGAGGUCAUGUGGCACCACAAAAUACAUUUUUGGGCACAAUCAUACGAAAAUUUGAAGGGCAAAAUAAAAAAUUCAUUAUUGCUAAUGCUAGAGUGCAGAAUUGUGCUAUCAUCUACUGCAAUGAUGGAUUCUGUGAGAUGACUGGGUUCUCCAGGCCAGAUGUCAUGCAGAAACCUUGCACCUGUGAUUUUCUUCAUGGACCAGAGACUAAAAGACAUCAUAUUGCUCAAAUUGCUCAAGCACUGCUGGGGUCAGAGGAGAGGAAAGUGGAAGUCACCUAUUAUCACAAAGAUGGAUCUACCUUCAUCUGCAACACCCACAUAAUUCCAGUGAAAAAUCAAGAGGGAGUAGCAAUGAUGUUUAUUAUUAACUUUGAGUAUGUAACAGAUGAAGAGAAUGUUGCGUCUCCCGAGAAGUGCAACCCAAUAUUGCCAUCCAAACUUGUAAAUCAUGGUAACAACCUUUCGAGUGGCUCUUCUUCAGGCAAACUUUUUGGAUUCCGGUUACCUGGAUUGAGACUUUUAACAUACAGAAAGCAGUCCUUACCACAGGAGGACCCUGAUGCAGUGAUAAUCGACUCAUCCAAGCACAGUGAUGACUCAGUAGCUAUGAAGCACUUUAAAUCACCUACAAAAGAAAGUUGUAGUCCUUCAGAAGUGGAUGACACAAAAGCACUGAUUCAGCCCACUAAAUGUUCGCCUUUGGUUAAUAUAUCAGGACCUCUUGACCAUUCAUCGCCUAAACAGCAAUGGGACAGACUUUACCCUGACAUGAUACAGACAAGCAAUCCACUAACCCAUUCCAGAUCAAAGGAAAGCAUUUGUAGCAUACGGAGAGCGUCUUCAGUACAUGACAUAGAAGGCUUUAACGUCCAUCCCAAGAACAUUUUUAGGGACCGUCAUGCAAGUGAAGACAAUGGUCGCAAUGUCAAAGUUUCACGUUCCUGGAUGGCAGGGGGGCCUUUUAACCAUAUCAAGUCAAGUUUGUUGGGAUCCACAUCGGAUUCAAAUCUCAACAAAUACAGUACAAUCAACAAAAUUCCUCAACUCACCCUGAAUUUUUCAGAUAUCAAAAGUGAAAAAAAAUCUUCAUCUCCUCCUUCUUCAGAGAAAGCAAUUAUUGCACCUAAAGUGAAAGAUCGAACGCACAAUGUAACAGAGAAGGUUACCCAGGUUCUGUCCUUAGGGGCUGAUGUUCUACCAGAAUAUAAACUCCAGACACCUCGCAUCAACAAGUUUACUAUAUUGCACUAUAGUCCUUUUAAAGCUGUCUGGGACUGGCUCAUUUUGCUGCUGGUAAUAUAUACUGCAAUCUUCACCCCUUACUCUGCUGCCUUCCUUCUGAAUGAUAGCGAGGAACGGAAGAGAAGAGAGUGUGGAUAUUCUUGCAGCCCACUGAAUGUUGUAGACUUAAUUGUGGAUAUUAUGUUUAUCAUUGACAUUCUAAUCAACUUCAGAACAACAUAUGUAAACCAGAAUGAAGAAGUGGUAAGUGACCCAGCAAAAAUAGCAAUUCACUACUUCAAAGGCUGGUUCCUAAUUGACAUGGUUGCUGCAAUACCUUUUGACCUGCUGAUUUUUGGCUCUGGCUCUGAAGAGACAACAACAUUAAUAGGUCUUCUGAAGACAGCUAGACUGCUGCGUUUGGUGAGGGUAGCACGGAAAUUGGACAGAUAUUCAGAAUAUGGUGCUGCAGUUCUGAUGCUCCUUAUGUGCAUAUUUGCACUAAUUGCACACUGGCUUGCUUGUAUUUGGUAUGCCAUUGGAAAUGUAGAAAGACCUUACCUGGCACAUAAGAUUGGCUGGUUGGAUUCUUUAGGAGAACAAUUAGGAAAGCAUUACAAUAAGAGUGAUGCAAGCUCUGGACCAUCCAUCAAGGACAAAUAUGUUACAGCACUUUAUUUUACAUUCAGCAGUCUGACAAGUGUAGGAUUUGGAAAUGUGUCUCCAAACACCAACUCAGAGAAAAUCUUCUCCAUCUGUGUUAUGUUGAUUGGCUCAUUAAUGUAUGCUAGUAUUUUUGGAAACGUAUCUGCAAUAAUCCAAAGACUCUAUUCGGGAACUGCACGGUAUCACAUGCAGAUGCUGAGAGUAAAGGAGUUUAUACGCUUUCAUCAAAUCCCUAAUCCUCUGCGGCAGCGACUUGAGGAAUACUUCCAGCAUGCGUGGACGUACACCAAUGGCAUUGACAUGAACAUGGUCCUGAAGGGGUUUCCAGAAUGCUUACAAGCUGACAUUUGUCUGCACCUCAACCAAAAUUUGCUCCAGAAUUGCAAAGCUUUCCGAGGGGCCAGUAAAGGCUGUCUUCGAGCUUUGGCUAUGAAAUUUAAGACAACACAUGCACCUCCUGGAGACACGCUAGUGCACUGUGGAGAUGUUCUCACUGCUCUUUAUUUUGUGUCAAGAGGCUCCAUUGAAAUCCUUAAGAGUGACAUUGUUGUAGCCAUUCUUGGAAAAAAUGAUAUUUUUGGAGAGAUGGUACAUCUUUAUGCAAAACCAGGAAAGUCAAAUGCAGAUGUGAGAGCUUUAACAUACUGUGACUUGCAUAAGAUACAGCGAGAAGAUCUACUAGAAGUUUUGGAUAUGUACCCUGAAUUCUCUGAUCUCUUCCUCACCAACCUAGAACUGACUUUUAAUUUGAGAGAUGAAACUGCAAAGUCUGACCUUGUAAUAAGAUCACAAACUACUAAUGAUACGGAUGGAGAGAACUGCAAACUACGAAGACGGAAAUUGUCCUUUCAAAGUGAAAUAGAGAAAGAUUAUUUCAAAGAGAAUGAUCAGAAUGAUCCUGAACCCUCAGGGGACAACAACAGAUAUUAUCAAUCUAUUAAGAAACACUUUGAGGAGAAAAAAAGUGGCUCGUCAUCCUUUGUGUCCUCCAUUGAAGAUGAGCAAAAACCCCUGUUCACUGGAAUAGCUGACUACCCAUCUGUAACAGAGAAAACGACAGAGGUGGACUUUGAAGAAAUGGUUCAUGCAACAGAAGAAAUUCUUAUUGACAAAAGAAGUAAUUCUUGCAAAGAUAUUGCUGAUAAAAGAAACUGGGAGGAGAACAUCAGGGAGUACCAAGACUCCCCAAGUCAGUCAGCAUUACCCCAUGUUACGUGGGGCAUCUGCGAUACUGAAAGUGACUAUGUAUAUGGGGAAGUGGAGAAUCGAUUAGACUUACUUCAAGAACAACUCAACAGGCUUGAAUCCCAGAUGACUGCUGAUAUCCAAACCAUCCUGCAGCUUCUGCAAAGGCAGUCAACGCUCAUUCCACCUGCCUAUAGCAUGGUGACUGCAGGGGCAGAAUAUCAACAGCCAGCAAUUCGGUUUACACAAAAGCUUCAUCCUGUAGCAUCAAUUAAAACAGACAGAAGUUUCAGUCCUUCAUCUCAGUGUCCUGAAUUUCUAGACCUUGAAAAAUCAAAACUUAAAUCCAAAGAAUCCCUCUCAAGUGGAGUGCAUCUUAACACUGCCUCAGAAGACAACCUGGCUUCUUUUUUAGAUCAAGAACGUGACCGGUCUGUAGAGCAUCCCCCACAGCGUUGUAAAACUUAUCUCCCGCCAGUUAGGCACCCUUCCUUGCCAGAAUCUUCACUAAGCACUGUAGGAAUCUUGAGUCUUCAUAGGCAUGUUUCCGAUCCUGGUCUUCCUGGGAAAUAAUACUUUUAUACUAUUACUUCACAUAAAAAUGUAAGUGCUUUUAAUGGCUGUUUUUCCUUUUUUGUAUUUAAAUCCUCUAUACUUGACUCAGGGGCUACAAGGAAUAUACCAUUAUAUGCAAAAGUACUGUAUAUUUUCCUAAAUCUGAAGCUUGUAAGGUAAAGUUGAGCAGUUCUGAUGUAAAUAUAUAUACAUACACACACACUAACUGUAUGUUCUAAACGUAAAACUGCCAGCAUUCUCAAGGCACCUUAUAUUUUUAUUUAUUUUUUAAAUAACAUGCAUGUUCUGAAAUUACAGUUUACGUUGCAUGGAGAUGACUAUUUACUGCUGUCAUGGAAACAGUAUUUUAUUGUGGAUAUGUUUUCAGAACAAAUAGGAGACCAAUAACAAUAAUUCACACAGAAAAAACUCCAACCUGACCAAUCUAAAAUUCAAGUAAAAUCUUCUGCUCACUUUUGAAAAUUGGAUUAUCUUUCUUGUAGUGAGCUUUUUACUAUAAGUGGCAAUGAUUCUGCAUCUAAAGAAAGAACAAAUAAUGUAACCAAGUCUUCUGGGUUCAAAACAAUUAGGACAUAGAAACCAGUCUCCUUCCAAACCAGUUAAAGCAACACGGUACUUUAACAAGACAGGAAAACAGCCAUGUGCUGGAAGAUAUCACCAUAAAUUGCAUCCAUAAAAACACAUAUAUUAAUUGAAUAGUUUGUUUCCAGUGUUAUUAUUUUUUUAAUUCACAUCAAAGAAGAUAGCUAUCAUGAGCAGGCAGGUACUCUUCAUGUGUCACACAAACAUAAUCAAAUGCAAUAAAUCUAAUUUCUAUAUAAUACAGAAGACUGUGUUCCUUUUGUUCAAUACAAAUUAUUAACAACCUGUAUAAUUAAAAAAUACUUAAAUUCUUGGUUUAAAAUUAUAAGGGUGGUUGUUUGCAGUUCUCUCUUUUUACUGACUGGCCCCUCUACAAUGAUCCUAGAUAGGGUAUAGCUGUAUGUGGACACACAUACCACACACACAUUCCUGGAUGUGUGCAUGUGUGUAUAUUAUAUAUGUACAUUAUGUACAUGUGUGUACGUGUGUGUAUGUUUAUAUACAAACAUAUACACAAGUGUGUGUAUAUACCUACACUUACAUGUAGGAGUAUAGAUAUAGUUAUAUAUAUGUAUAUAUGUAAGAUCACUCUGAGGAACAAUUGUAAACUUUCUUAUUACAAAAGAAAUAAGUUUAGCUUGUGUCCAAAGCUGACUACAUUAGAAUAAAAUGAUUUAAGGUCUGUAGGCUUUAAAUACAGUAUGUACUGUAUAUGCAUAAUGCUUUGUGAAUACUUAGAUUUAAUUUUAUUAAAAUAUUAUUCUGCUUCAAAUGCUGUGUUUAUUUUAGAAGGAACUGAUCUUUUUAUUACUGUUUUUAAAUAUUAAAAAAUGUUCACAUGAUUUUGUAAUCUUAAAGCUUUACUAUGAAAUUCCUCUAGGAAGAGAACUGAAUUCAAAAAAGAAUGUAACCCAGUUAGUGGGUGAGCAGUGAAAUUCUAACUAAAAAUCCCUCUGCUCUAAACCAGCGUGGAGUAAUUCUAUAGUGGUUGACCCUCAAAUUAAGAGUUACCUAUAUUAUGUGUUAGGGUCAGAAUAAUACGUAAGACACUUAGUCAUUCACAGUCAAUAAACACAAGGUGGCUGCAUUUUCUCUCAUUUAAAAUUAGUGUCAAAAUACCAAGCAACACUCUGCCUUAUCUUUGCAUAUAAAGAUACCAAAAUAAAUUAACUAAAUAUCUCUAAGUUAAGAGAACCCAACCCUUCUCAUACAUGAUCAAAUCAUCUUCUGCCUCACAUUGGUUGACUGUUGAUAGGUGCAUAUCUUACAACAUGCUGAUGGCUCUUACUUCUACUGCAAUGAUGGGAGUUAUGCACUUUUUAGUGCCUUUAGUGCAGGAUCAGAUCUUACAUGAUAGCAUCACUGGGCCAGCUAGAAUCUCCGCCUGCAUAUACUCCAUUAAAAGAGGAGUGCUGAAUAACAAAGUCAAAUAGCGCUUUUUUUUUUUCCUUCAAUAGCAAGCAUUAGCAACAACUGCUGUAUCUCAGUCUAGUAGCUAAUACUAACAUCCAUUACAAAGAACAAGUUAGCAUAUUGUCUAAAGAAGUAUUUGUGGUUGUGCCACAUUUAAAGGGUCUGGAAUGUUAAAAAUAAAAUGAAUGAAAAGAGUAUAAUGUAUGAACAUUACUUUACUAAAUGCAUUUUGCCCAGUUUCAUCAUUUGGAAUUUCAUAUUUAUGCCAAGAGACUGAGCAAAACAGGUGAACUGGGGAAGGAGAAGAUGGGGAAGAGGAAAAGCAACAACUGCCACAAUUGUUCCAAGUGAAGGAAAAGCUCCAUCCUUGUAUUGGCUUUAAAAGGCUUUGUUUCUUUCCUUCUCUUUGUCUGUGUUUACUCAAAAGGAAAAUCUGAAAUGGGGGCAACUAAGGGAGACUGCAUAGUUACAGAAAUUCUAAGUUCCCUAGAUAUCUGGCAACAAGUGAAGAAACAAAACACAGAUGACAACUCGAUUAGCGGUAGUCUAUCUGUCCCUCCCUUGCCAAAGACAGACCUGCCUUCUCAGAUACCUUCUUUUCUUGUUUAAGUACAGUGAAAUAAAUGAAGACCCACUGCUUCAAGCCUUUUUUCUUCUAGAGACAGGUACAAACCACUGUUUUUAGAAAUAGGAACAGCAAAAAUUAUUUUUUAUUUUUAUCUUUUUUGGGCAGGGCUCCCUUUAAAUGCAGUCCAUUUCUAACUAGGUAGAAAUUGCUCUGUGUUACCCAAAUAAAGCUAGGAAUAACACAAGGCUUGCAUACCCAUGCAUCAAUACACAGCUAUUCUAACAUAUCCAUAGCAUCUUUCAAAAAUUUAGGAGAUUUUGGUAUUGCUUAUGCUUGAGCCUAAGAAGACUUAUCUUGGCUAUUUAUAUUUAAAACGUGUUGGUAAAAAUACAUAAUACAUUAUAACCCACAGAUGCAGAGUAAUAUCCUGAUAAUUCAUGAAUAGCUAUUGUACUGAAAUAUCAAAGUAAUCAGGACAAUCACUCCAACUACAAGAGUUAUCAUUCAGGCUAUACAUACCCUGCGCUACGUCUGCUGCAGAAUAACGAACUUGCUUGUAGAAACCUGCUGCCAAAUUCCUCUUGUACUAUCCUCAAUCAAGUCCAGAUUAGUUCUAUUCAAGUCAAAGAGGUAUCUGCCCUUUACCUCUUAAAAAGCAGAGCUUCCAGAUUCAGUAUGAGUUAACUAACAAUGUUGUACUAAGAGCAUUACAGUGACUGACAAAGCAAGUACUAAUCUGGUGCCUAUCUCCACUAAGAAGACCAAGUGCAAAGUUAAUUAAAAUAGGUCUGAUAAGGAAAGGCCUGUAUGCCAAGUCUGCUGUAAGUACUGACUACUCGUUUGCAUUUUCUGUUUUACUAUAUUUUACUGACAGUAAUUUGAGACUUUAUUCCAACCUGCAUCAUUACUUGCAGCUACUCCAAAUGGUUGCAAUCGUAUGUUUACCAAAGUUUCCCAAGUUGCCUUUCUUUCUCCUCUUUUUGCAUGCAGGAAAAGAAAAUGCAAACUCCAUGUUCCUUAUCUGUUUACUUCUCUUACCUCAUUAUCGCUAAUGCAAAGCCCACUAAGAAUAUAGGUGGAUGAAAUUCUGUUAUCUGUAGUAUCUAGCAGCUGUGCACAAAUACCAAGGAACCUAGUCUCACUUUCAAAUUUAACAUGCUUCAAAUGUAAACAUCUAAUGCAAAUACUAAUUUUAAACUGUAAAAUUGCUUCAGACCUGAAACAGACUUGGUAUGCAGCCAUUGACAUAAAUAAAUUUUAAGUAGCCUCUUACCUACUUUAGAUAAGAGCAUGCAUAAUGUCCUUUAUAUGUGAUUAUUCUGAACCUAGAGUUCCCUUAAGUUGGAAUGGUAACGUACUCAUGUCAUACAGCAGUCAAUGCAUCACAUAUACUACAUCUCCUCCGUGCAUCAAUUUUUUUCUAAGCUUGAAAAGAAGACUAUUAGAGAACUUAACCAACAAAUAGCUUAACAGGAGAAAAAUAAACACAAUCCACAAAUAGAUCACCUAUGCAAGUCAUCACCAUGCUCAGUUUUAUCAACGAUACUAAAGGAGCAUGUCCUAAACCUUGUAAUUGCAUGAAGGCAUCACUAUGGCAAGCUUACUUUCUCUCAUUGUAUAUCUGUGUAUGAGUAGUAGAUGGAAAUGCAUUAUUAAUGAGGAAACAUUUUUCUUCAUCUAGCUACUUGUAUUUUUUUUUAAUGCCCACUUGGGAAGUUUUGAUUAUUAAUGAAUACAGAAUGUAGCUAUUCUCUUUGGAAUGGAAAUUAGAUGGACCAAAUUAAAGUCUCCUGCUGGAUGGAUUUGCCCCUUUUAUGUAUUAUUUACAUUUUCUAUACUGAAACUUCAUGAUAUUGUAAAGCUGAAAAUACAAAAAAGUUGGAAAAUUUAAUCUAGAUAAAUACUUCACUAUUAUGAACUGUGGCAAAUCCUGUUUGUAUAACAGGUUUUUAUAUAAUACAGUUAAUAUAAGUUUUAUUUUGCUUUCAGAAAAGAUUUCCUGGAAAAAUGUUUACUGUACAAAUAAAAGCACUUGUACACUGCACAUAUUCAGUAUUUUAUAUCACCAUAAAAUAUAUUUGCAAGAAGUCUAAAUAUGCACAAAUAAACGUAUUACACUUA